CCCAAACCCGCCGCGGGAAGGCGCGGAACGCCUUGAGUCUGGCGCCUUAGACCACUCGGCCAUCCUGACACUGCGUCUGCAGUCCCGUUCGGGAUACACUUAGCACUGUCGUCACGGUCGUAGUCGCCUCUGUAUUCCGUGACCCUUCACGGAGAGCCCGUCUGUACCCAGGAGGUGCAGGAGAGCAGCCAGGGAACGGCCAGCUCAGCUCGGCCCGGCCGCGGAGCUCUGCCGCAGCGAGGAGGAGCCCGGCGUUACCCACAGGCCCUUGCCGUGCCGCCACUUCCGCCGCGACCAUUUUGUUCUUCACUGGCGUCAAGGGUACGCGCUCGGCUCUCAUCAUGUUCCCGCUGACCAGGGCCGCGCAGAGCCUCGUCGCUCGUGGCAUCCAGCACACUGCAGUCAGACAAGCUCAUCGCAAGCACGAGCUGACCUUCCACGAUAAGUACGGAACCAUGGUCCUCCUUGGUGGAGCUGCCAUGUUCACUGCUGUCUGGGGCUAUGUGCUCACAACGCUGAAAAUUGAGUGGGGCUUUUCACCUGUUGGCAGAGUGGCUCCAAGCGAAUGGAGGGAGUGACAGCCUCUGCUUCUAAUGAACUGGUCUGAACUUUCACUGAGAAAAUGGUCAUGUAGUGGCAUUUGUUCCCUGAUUUCCACUUGGACAGUGGCAUUCCUGAUCUAAUAAACAUAACUAGAAACCUG